UCGCCGCCAGCUACGGCCCCUCGCAGUCGGGACAGGCGGGCCGGGCCUGGCGGAGCGGAGCGGGGACCUGGCCGUGGAGGGGAGAGGGGUUCAGGCUACGCACCCAGCAGCAGCCCGUCCAUGUCGAAGAUCAGGUAACUCUCCACUGGGCGUCAAGAUCAUUGAAGCACCAGUUGCAGAGGCAGACAUGAAAAGAGCUAUACCAGGCUCCCAAGGAUGCUGUGUAGGUGGAUUUUAGUAAAUAUAUGUUAAAGCUCCGUCAGUCCAACAGCCGAGGCUGCGCUAACACAGAGGAGAGCCCCAGUCGCCAGUAGGGAGCACUGUGUGCUGCUGGGCCGUGGAAGAGCCCAUGUUGAGGGAAGUCAUGGAGGAGGCAGGCAGCGAGGCACCGCAGCACUCAGAGCAGUGACUAGGGCUAGAGGGGCAGUGACAAUAGCAGCACCUGGGCAAGCAGAAUCACAGGAGUCGAGCCACUGCAUCCGUAAGGAAGAAGAUGAGGCUCCUUUUACUUCUAAUAAUUUGCCAGUGUGCCAUAAACAAUAUCAAAACACACAGCGUUUCAAAUCCCAAUAUAAUUUUACUGAUGGCUGAUGAUCUUGGUAUUGGAGACUUGGGAUGUUACGGGAACAGAACCUUAAGAACCCCUAAUAUUGACAGGCUAGCAGAGGAAGGAGUGACACUUACUCAGCAUAUAGCAGCAUCACCACUUUGUACUCCAAGCAGGGCAGCUUUCCUGACAGGGAGAUAUCCUAUAAGAUCAGGAAUGGCUGCCUUCUCACGAGUUGGUGUCUUCUUAUUUUCUGCCUCUUCUGGGGGACUUCCUUCUGAAGAAAUAACUUUUUCGAAACUCCUGAAGCAGAAAGGUUAUGCAACAGCUCUAAUAGGAAAGUGGCAUCUUGGGAUGAACUGUGAAAACCGUAAUGACUUCUGUCACCACCCCCUCAGUCAUGGAUUUGAUUACUUUUAUGGCCUUCCCGUGACCAAUUUUAGAGACUGCAAACCUGGCCAAGGCAGUGUAUUUUUAAAAGGUGUUCAGAAAGACCUUGUCAUCCCAAUCCAAAUCACUGGAAUUGCCCUUGUGUCUUUGGCAGUAGUGCAGUACAUUGGGCUUCUCAAAGUACCCUUCCAAGCAUUGGGUUACUUCUUGUUAAUAAUCACAAUUUCACUUGUGGUUUUGAUUUUUUUCUUCUAUAAUUUUCGACAACUAAACUGCUUUUUGAUGAGGGACCAUCAGAUUAUCCAGCAGCCACUGUCCUAUGAGAACCUUACUCAGAGGCUGACAAAAGAAGCCAUGCAGUUUAUUGAAAGGAACACUGAUACACCAUUUCUUAUUGUCCUGUCUUAUCUUCAUGUCCAUACUGCUCUAUAUGCUUCAGAAAAUUUCAAAGGAAAGAGCAAGCAUGGUUUAUAUGGUGAUGCCGUGGAGGAAAUGGACUGGAGUGUAGGGCAAGUUCUGGAUCUGCUGGAGAAGUAUAAUCUGAGUGACAAAACUCUUGUAUACUUUACAUCUGACCAAGGGGCUCAUGUUGAAGAAAUCUCCAGUGCUGGAGAAGUCCAUGGAGGAUACAAUGGCAUAUAUAAAGGUGGAAAAUCAACGAACUGGGAAGGAGGUAUUCGUGUGCCAGGUCUUCUCCGUUGGCCUGGAGUGGUACAGGCUGGUGCCUAUAUUGACGAGCCAACGAGUAACAUGGAUAUAUUUCCCACCAUAGUUGAACUUGCAGAUGCACAGUUACCCUCUGACAGGAUUAUUGAUGGACAUGAUCUGCUACCUUUACUUCAAGGAAAAGUUACUCAAUCUAAGCAUGAAUUUCUCUUCCAUUACUGCAAUGCAUAUUUAAAUGCAGUGCGCUGGCGUCCAGGAAACAGUGAAUCUGUAUGGAAAGUCUUCUUCUUCACUCCAAACUUCAGUCCUGAGGACUCCAAUGGUUGCUAUGAUUCACACGUCUGCUUCUGCCAUGGAGGAUUCAUUACACGACAUGAUCCUCCACUGCUCUUCGAUCUGUCCAGAGACCCUGAAGAGAAAGUCCCACUGACUCCAGAAACUGAGAGCCGUUUCUACGAAAUCCUCAGGGUCAUACACCAAGCAGUGGACAACCACACCAGAUCCCUGCAUGCUGUUCCUAACCAGCUGUCAUGGAACAACCUUCUCUGGAAGCCAUGGCUCCAGCUCUGCUGCUCGUCUCUCUUUCAGUCUUGCUACUGUGACUAUGAGUCAGGAGGGAGUCCACUGCAGGUGCAUUUGGGAUAAAUAAGCUGCAAUUCCCUUUCAGAGACUGGACCAGCUGAGUGUGACUGACUUGAACUUGUAGUACAAGCCUUCAGAAGGUUUUGUUGUGUUGGUGGAGGACCAGUCUUCAAAUACAUAUUGCAGUAGAAGAGAAUUUCAGUCAAGAAAGCAUGCCAAGAGAGGGAAGGCAAGACACACCUUCUCUGUCCUUAUCACACAGCAUGAAGAACAUGUUGCCGUCCUCAUCUACACAUGGGUAGAAUUGUAGGCAUUUUCUAUGGGAGAUAAUUUUCUAGACUUUCAGCUUGAGCUUUUGUCUUACACAGCAAAGAAUUUACCUAUCAGGUCUGUCAAUCACAACUACUAAAUGCACAUUUUCCUGUCCUUUUUACUAAGUGUUAUCCAUUAGUAGGACAUAGCACUGAGUAAUUGAAAACAGAGCGAUCAUAGUGGAGAGGUCCUCCUGUGACAGUCAUUUGGUAACUGAUAGAUAGGUUAAGAGCAGACUUGCAACAGAUCUCUGUCAACAACCAUGACAAAUAUGAAAAAACUGACUGCUUGCCAACAGUUUAACUUUGAAUGUGCCAUGAAAAUGCACAGAGCUAUGGUAGUAGAAGACAUUGUGUCCAUAUUAAAAUGAUACUCCCCAGAAUCCCUGCUGUCCUAUUGCAUUGCAGCAACCUUUGUUUCAAAAGGACACCACUUCAAGUAUACCAGCUGCGUGCUUGAGUCUGUACCAUAAGUCUCCAUAUAUAUCUAUAUAUCUAUAUAUCUAUAUAUAUAUAUAUCUGUGCAAACUGAAUUCAUAACCCAUAAAAUCCUUCAAUCCCUCAUAUAAGGACACCCUUAUGAUCAUAUUCCAAUUGAUAAAAGAAAAUAUUUGGUCCAUAUUUGAGUUCCAAAUUCACAUGAUAUUACAAAUUUUUCAUUCACUUAUUUAUCAUACCUAUUCUUCCAUUGGUGGCAGUAAUUACAAAUAAAUAAAAUUUGGUCUUUCUUUAAAUAUCUUUUCCAUCUUUUAAGCUCUCUGAAUAGGAUUUAUCAUUUUCUGAAAAUAAGCUUGGGCUUGAGCACUUAAAGCCAAAUAUAACUGUCUCUGAGUUCUCAACAAGGUCUUGGGAAAUCUACUGUCCUCGAGGGCUAAUUUUUGUAUCCAAUUUUAUCUCUGUCUUAUUCAGGCACAUUUUCCACUCUACAGGCAGACAAACUGUUUUCUUUGGCAUAUUGAAGAUAAAAAGAAGAUAUCAGCAAAAUACUAAAAUGAUUUGAUGCCUGAUAAUAGAAGGUGACUUGCUGCUUAUCAGAAAGCAGCAGUUAAUUCCCACAUUACAAUGUAUUAAAACUUGUUUGGGGCAAAAGUGAUCUGUGAUGAUAGUAAUGCAGUAGCUUCAGUCAGCCAGCAUUAAGGUUGUGACCCAGUUCUUGUGAGCUAUUGAAGCCUUUCCUUUAAAAAUAUAUUGUGAUAAAUGGUAUAUUACUCUGACUAUAAAACCUUGACUUUUUUUGAUUUUUCCAUUGCAGUUUCAUUCAAAAUUUCAUUCUCCACAAUACCCAGAAGACUCUCCUGGGAAAUGCAGUUUUUCCUUGAAGUCCUAUUUUUGAUGUUUCACCUUGUGUUCAUGAUCUUAAUUAUGUCCUCAGCAAACUCUCUGUAGGAGGCAAAGCCCCAUGACAAAUAUUUGUCACUGGAUGUACUACAUAACCUUAGGAAGAAAAAUGCCUCUCAUUUGAAUACAAAUAUACUUCCAUGAGAGCAGCUGCCUUUCGAUGUCACGGCAGGAUCCGUACAUCCCAAAUUUUUGGUCCUUGCCAUGUGGCCCUGGAGCCCCCUGGGGCAUGGCACUGGUGCCAGCAUGUCCCUCUUUGCAGCCAAAGGGCAGCACUCAAGCCCAGCUGUGGCCAGAGACCUGAAACACCACGGUGUGGAGGGAUGUUCUUUCUAACUCCCACAGCUCUGCCACAGCUUACACAAAAGCUUUUCAAACAAGUACUCCUGAAGAAAAUGGGAAAAAAAAUAUGUGGUGUGUUCAGUAUACAGUGCUACUCAGACAAGGGGUUUGGUGUUAUUAGAUCUCCUUUGUUUCCACAGUUUCUGGCCUGUGACCUUUACAGAGUACUAAAUUUAUAUUCUCAAGGACACCACAUUGACUUUUUUUUUAUCAGGAAGAUGCUGUGUUUCUGUUAUUUCUUUUUUUUUUUUUUGAAGGUGCAAGAAUUCUUUGUUCUGCUAGGCACAACAGUUGCUCUGUGCUGCUUGAUCAAGUAUCAAAAAUGAUGACUUUUGUACUGCUGAUUUCUUCUUGCCUGAAUAUGAUAUUUCUUUCAUAGCCCCCUUGGCUUUUAAUGCCGUCUUUCUAAUAUCCUUUCUUAAAAAAUCCACUCCCCUGAAAUAUUUUUCCAUCUAUUUCUUUGCCACUCUGUCCUUCUAUUUGCUUGUCAUAUUGAUUGUAAUGGCUAUUUUGCCCUAAUUAAUCAGAAAAUGAAAAGUAGUCUUUGUCAUAAAAUUUGAAUUGUAGGGCUCCUUGAUUCUGCUGAUCUCCUGCUUAUUUAAAGUCCAACAAGAAUUAACUUUUCAUUAUGAAAUACAAGUAAUUAAAACAUACCUGAGAUGUUGUUUAAUAUAAAUAAUAUAAAAUAUUUCUUUGUGGCACAAACUUCAUAUUUUACAAAAUAUAAUUUAGUACAAUGUUUAAUACUUUGAUAUAAGCAGUAAAAUCUGAAAUCCAUUCUUAAAAUAGUUCCAUCAGGAAAGAUUCUGUGAAGAACAGGGCAGUAUUUUUCAUACUCUAUAUUAAUACUUUUUCAUUUAAUACCUAAAAGAAACCUUCCUUGUAUUGCAAAUGUAUUAUACCUUUCAGUAAUACACCUUCUGUUCUGGAGAUGGCAUGUCAGCUCAGGGUAAUUAAAGUAGUCUUGUUCAUCUGCAAAUUAAAAUGUGAAGGACAAUAUAACAUUUGUGUAAUGGCACUGCCUGAUCUAACAAGGAAAAGUUUUGUUUUUAACAAGAGGUUAUUGAUGGGAUAUCUGUGAUUCACUACUUACUAACAAGGAAGGCUCAAGGAGAAUGUGCUGCUCUGAUACUUGGAAACUGACUUCCAAUCUGUCAUUUAAUGAGCACUGCUCUUGUAACAUGGUGUCUGUUUAUAGGAUAUGUCAGUUUAAACAGGGGGUUCAGCUUCAGAGGGUAGUGUAUUCCUCUACAGUAUUGUUUAACAGUAUCAUAUCCUAAUUUGUGACAGAGACCCUGUACAGCCCAGAGCAAGUAAUUUAACUCAUUUCUCAGCUCCUCUGCUGCACUCAGAAAAGGAAAACAGUAUUUCUCUAACUUCUGGGAAUACUGAAAGAACAGAAGAUGCUGAAUGUGGUAAGCUGAUAAAGGUAAAAUAAUAAACUUUCUAGUACUUUCUCUAUAGAAGACUCAAUUUAAAAGCUGGAAAAAUAGGAUGUAGAAGAUCCCCCUAUAUGAGGUGGUAGGUGAUACCCUUAACUUGAGGCUUGCAGGUUCUGUGUGUAGUUUAGUGCAUGUGGGAUUAUGAUCUGGAGGAGAGAGAAUAGAUGGCUAAGAAAGAUACAUGCUUAAGAUUCAGAGAAUAUUGUAAGUCAUAUUUUUAUAAUUAUAUUUAUUUUUUUUAGCAGUCAGGAAACUACAUGGAAUAAUAAAUAAUGUUUUUCCCUCAGGGACUGGAUGUCACAUGUUCUCAGCUCUUAAAAAUAGAGAUGUCCUGACUUGCCUCUAAUUAUGGUCAGAAAAAUCAAAAGUGAGGGAAAAAAAGGGGCAAUUGGAGCUUUGGAGAAAGGUGUCAGCUCACUUAAAUCCAACUGAAAGCUUGCAGAAAACUAAGAUAAUCUGUUCCGUAUACUUCACAGUCAGUGAGAAUCAUCACUUGCCAGCAAUCGUUUAUUUCACGCUGUAGCAAUGGGAAAUCUGGGUAUUCAGAUAUGUGGACAAUGUAAGAAAUUUCACUUAAGAUAUUACUUGAUACAGGAAAAAAUGGAAAAAGAAAUGAGUGCAAGCAUAGCUACAAAAAUCAUAUAUUCAAUUAAAGUAUGUUUAUUAAAAAUUAUUUUAAUUUAUAUUUUUGACAUACAUUACUACAAUAGUUUUUACUUACAUUGGAACAUAAUAGUUCUGUGCUUAAGACAGAUCUUCAGAUCUUUUCAUCUUCUCUGUCAUCUCCCUUUCCUCUGGCAUUGCCUGUGCAGUAUCCAGAAUAUGCAGUAAGGAGCAAGAGGCAGCCACCCUGCCCAUAUAAAUUACAAGUUGUGUGGCCAGACAUGUGGGCAGAGGAAAGGUUUAGGCCAAGCUCUGCACUGGGAACCACCAAGCAGCAAACAGUGUCUGGGGCUUAUCUCCAAUCUGAAUACAGAGAUCUGGAAAUUGACCCUGAGAUUAGAUCAGAUGGUUAAGCUGGUUAGAGAGCAGUACUAAUAACGCCAGACUUCAGGGUUGUAUCCCCAUGGGGGACAUUCACUGAAGAAUUGGACUUGAUAAUCCUUCCGGGUCCCUUCCAACUAAGAAUAUUCUGUGAGUCUGUGAAAUUGCUUACUCCUCUGGGUCUGUCAGAGACUGCAAUUUACCAUGAGGAAUGAGGUCCCCUCUGUGGCCAGCUGGACUGUCAUGUGUCUGCAACAGGGUCCUUCUGUGUCAGGAUGUCAGGUGGAAAUUAGUUUGGAAGCCACAGGAUGCAGGACCUCUUGCCUCUGAAUAGUUACACCAAGCAGACUGAUCCUGAAUCAUCAUACAUGAGGUGACAGAUCUUAUUCUGACACUCUAAGGCAGCAACAGUCUCACAGUUUUUUUGCUGGAGGACCAGAAGACCUGAGCCAGGCUCUAGGGACUCCCAGUUUACAGGCUGCUAAAACUGCAAAUAAUUCAGACAGUCGUGGAAACACCCUGACAGAUAAUAUGGCUUUUCCACGCUCUUCAAGGUAGCUUUUAUUUACAUCAAAACUAAUAAGAAUCUGCUUAAAACUUCACAUGUACAGAAAACAAAGGAUAGUGCAAUUUUUUCUUAAGACCCACUAAUUUUAACCUGUGAGUUUGGUACUGAGAACAAUGAAAUUGUGCCAAUGCAAGGCACAGCAACUGAAGGUUUCUUAUACAUAUGGAAGAUGUUGAAUUCCAGACUCUCACUGGAGUUUGUGCUGUACUGGUUAGUGAGAUAAAGACUGGCUUGAUUAUCUGUGAAUCUCUAAUAGCACUGUCAAGGUUAUGAAACAUUUCUGAACUUGAGAGAUGUGAAUUAUAGGUUUUGCAGCAUCUCCUGAAUGCCUAAAAAACAUUCCUUUAAUAUAAAUCAUGGUAGGUUCCCUAUGUAGAUUAAUGCUAGUCUGAUCUAUUAGAAAAUGGUGUUGCAGGUACUUUCCUUGGAAAAGAAAGCUAUAUUAGAAGAUAACAAAUUCGGCAUGUGGGGGUCAGCUCAGUUAUAAAAGCCUCCAAUGCUUUUUAUUCUACCUUUAUCCAAUAAUAAAGCCUUUUUAUGCAGAUAAUA